UGUGUGCGCGCUCGCUAUUUGUUUGCGUGGAUCUGUCCCUCCGAGCGCCUGGUCCAUGUGAAGGCGCUUUUUCUGCGAUAUGUCGACAUCCGGAACUCUGACCAGUUACUACGUGGAUUCUCUCAUUCUACCGGAGAGCGAGAAUGAACUCUCUACGCCGAGAUACAGCUCUGCUCCCGGGCUGCACCAUUCCAGACCAGCCCCCUCCUCCACAGGGUCCAUCCAUGAGCACAGUGACUUCAGCUCCAAAAGCGCGUUGUUCGGGACUCCGUGGAGCCAUGUUCCGACGCAGUUCCCCGGCUCCGUCUCGUCCAUGUACCCGCACCACCACCCGCACUACGGACAUCCUCAGGGGCCGGUGGCCGCGGACACUGACCCCCGCUACCAGUCAUGGCUUCUGGAGCCCAUGUCUGCGUCUUUGCCCAUCACAAGCCUACCUCCCACUCAUCAUUACGGCCACGUAAAGCCGGAGGCAGUGCGCGGAGCCGCGGAUAGCGGGGCGGUAAUAAGCGGCUCUCACACCGCGCUGCUCUUGUCUGACUACGCCAACGGCACCGUGGCCACGGCGUCUCCUGCGGACGAGAAGGACGCGCUGGGCGGACACGCGGGGCACGAGCAGAGCGGGGACGGAGAGGACAAACCAGGCCUCGACCCAAAUAAUCCGGUGUCCAACUGGCUCCACGCGAGCGCCACGCGGAAAAAGCGCUGCCCCUACACCAAGCACCAGAUCCUGGAGCUGGAGAAGGAGUUCCUCUUCAACACGUACCUGACCCGGGACCGGCGCUACGAGGUGGCGCGGCUGCUCAACCUCACGGAGAGACAGGUCAAGAUCUGGUUCCAAAACCGCCGCAUGAAAAUGAAGAAGUUUAACAAAGACGGUCCGCCCAAGGACGAAUAACAGAGCGCGGAGGCGCAGCGGCGGAGGCGCAGCGGCCGCGGGGCUGUGGGAGCCUGUCUCCGCUGGACUGGUUUUUACUCAUUGUCUUAUUGUCCUCCAUAGAAGCUAUUAGGCUUAAUUGUCUUGUUAAAAGCAUGUUGGCCUUCAAUUUAACGCGAGUACAUUUAUAUAUUGCACAAUUUGAGCGUGCUCCCCCUUCGUGUGCCCUUAGUUGAAUGAAUCCUUGUUGUAAGUGCAUUAGUUGGCCUGGGUCCCGUGCUGUGAAUGGACAUUUUUAGCUGUGUGCGCGUAUGGUUUGUUUUCGUUGUUGUCAGUUUCAGAGUCACUUUAGCUUAGAUUGUAAAAUGUACCCAUUCCCCUUAUUCUUAGCCUAUUAAUGAUAGAACUAUGACUGCUGACCAGAGCUGGAACUAACAUGGACAUUUGCAUUCUAGGAGCACCACACUGAACCCUCUUCAAACGCCCCAAACUAAGAGUUCUCUGAAGAUUGACUACCUACACAUUUCAACUACCUACUCUCCCGUUUGUGGCGUAGUGCGCGUGUCUGAGUUUCAGGGAGAGAUUCUGUUUUAGUGAAGGGAAAUGGAACACUGUAGGCUACUUAAGGAAUACCUCACGGUCUGCUGACCGGUCCACUUUGGUUCACAAUGUAAUUUGUACUUAUUUAUUAAAUAAAGCAAAUUAUAUCUGCGAAUG